AUGCGUCGCGCCCCUCUCGCUCGCUCCGUCAGUCAAAAUGCCAUAAUGUGCUCUCUCUCUCUCUCGCAGAGAAGAGGGGCAGAGGUCGAGCUGGGUCAGAGCGACAACGUCUCGGCUUUACGUUAUCCUCAUUUUACAAAGCUGAAAGACGUGAUACUUGUAUACGUCAGCCUAAUUCGUACGAACUGCUUGUUCCGCUUGAUACUUUCGCGACCCCCACCUCUUGUUCGGCUCUUUUUUUUUUUUUGCUGUUUCUCUCUCGUUUGGCUCUCAAACUCUCAAACUCUCUCUCUCUCUCUGCUCUCUCUCUCUGAGUCUCUCGCUCUCUCUGAAUCUCUCUCUCUCUCUCUCUCUCUCUCUCUCUCUCUCUCUGCUCUCUCUCUCUCUCUCUCUCUGCUCUCUCUCUCUCUCUCUCUCUCUCUCUCUCUCUCUCUCUCUCUCUCUCUCUCUCUGCUCUCUCUCUCUCUCUCUCUCUGCUCUCUCUCUCUGAGUCUCUCUCUCUGA